AUGUCUUUCAUAGACCCUCCCGUUCCAGCGGCGACAAAGCUUGCACAUUAUCGAACACUCUGCCCCAAUGCGGGCAUUCAUGUGUCUCCUCUGCAGCUUGGCGCAAUGAGCGUUGGCAACAAAUGGGCCCAGUUUGGAAUGGGCUCGAUGGACAAGGAAACAAGCUUCAAGUUGCUCGAUGCCUUUGCAGAUAAGGGGGGUAAUUUCAUCGACACCGCGAACGGCUAUCAAGACGGAUCUUCCGAAGAAUUCCUGGGCGAAUGGAUGGAGCAGCGCAACAUUCGUGACCAGAUGGUUAUUGCAACCAAGUACACCGCUCUAUUCAACCGGCGUCAGCCAGGCUUUCUCAAUAAGGCCAACCACGCCGGCAACAACAUCAAAUCAAUGCAUAUCAGCGUUGAAGCGAGCCUCAAGAAGCUCCGCACCUCGUAUAUCGACAUCCUCUACGUCCACUGGUGGGAUUGGGACACGAGCAUCGAAGAAGUGAUGAACGGUCUUCAUAACCUCGUUGUCCAAGGCAAGGUCCUCUACCUCGGCAUCUCAGAUGCUCCAGCUUGGGUCGUUUCCGAGGCAAACCGCUACGCGAAAGACCACGGGAAGUCACCGUUUGUCAUCUACCAAGGUCGAUGGAAUAUCCUCGAACGCUCUUUUGAGCGUGAGAUUAUUCCUAUGGCUCGUGCUCACGGUAUGGCGUUGGCGCCAUGGGAUGUGCUCGUUGCGGGCAAAUUACGGAGAAAAGGGCCGUACGAUUUUCGGCCCCAACUGGGAGCGUAA